AUGUCAUUCACCAAUAGAUCGCCUAAAAAAGUAAAAAGAUCAGAACAACCAAAAGUAGUUGUAUGGAAAGCUAAUGCUAUACAAGAUUCUGAUUUACAGCAAUAUCCAAUGGACCCAGAAGGCUAUAUAUAUUCUCAUAUAGUUAUAUAUCAACAAGGUAUUGUAAAACCUCCUACUUUCAGAUUAAAUACUGAUAAUGGGACAGAGUUUAAAAAUUAUUUAGUACAAGAUUUUUUUAUAAAUGAUGUUGGCAUAUUAAUGAAGUUGGGAUUUCCUGGAAAACAUCAACAACAGUGUUUUGCUGAAAAAGCCAAUCAAGCUCUUAUGGAACCUCUUACAGAACGAAUGACUGCACAGGAAAUGAAAACAGGAAUAAUUUCUGUAAAAUGGUCCGAAGAUUAUCCAAUUGUGCUAGAGGCCCUUAGAAAGAAAUGGAAAUGUGAUCCUCUUCCUAUUCCAGAAGGACUUCCUAAAAUAUCAGAAAAAGACGAAUUAUUGCUGGAGGGUACUCGAGUUCAAGUUAUGCUAUUUGUGCCUAUGUCUGUUCUUGGUCAAAAACUACAUGGCAAAUUCCGUACAGGAGACAUUAGAUGGGAUCCAAAAAUUCGAAUUAUUAAGAAACUUAUGCUUACUCCUGGGCAGCCCCCUACAUACCUUGUAGAUGGUCCUCAGGGCAAGUUAGGCAUAUCUUGUUGUACUUAUAUUAGAAAACAACUCCAAGUGGUUCUGGAUAAUGAAAACCCUCCUCCAGAUUCA